ACACAAAAAUAUGUCUUAUAUACAUGAGCGGAAAAUCUCAAGUCCGAGAAAUAACCAUAGUUUUAUUAAGAGACAUGUGGCUAAUACCAUAUACAUAUUAUCAAAAUAUAACUUUAAUUUGAAAUAUCCAUAUGCGGUUCACUCUAAAAAUUAAUACUCAUAAUAAAAAGUAUUGACAUUGAAGUUUUAUCGAUUUAAAAUUAAAUUUAAAUGCUAAGGAUAUGGGUCGUAAAAUUCCAGCUAAGAAACAUCGUGGUGUUAAGGAUCCACUGGUGCAACAGGCGAGGCGACUACAAAGUUUGAAGUCUAAAAUAAACGCUCCGCCCAAUGAUCCGGAUGACCAGCCGGUGCCGCGCUCGCUGACCAGGUUGUUUGAGUUCCAAAACAAACACAAGGAGGAUAAGACACAUAAGAAGAAAAAGCCAUUGAAACGACUGGAACACGCCAAAGGGCACAACAAGAAUGAUAAAGCCAGUGACAACCCUGUUUCACGUCUGCGCAAACUCCCGGGGGAGACAGGACGGGACUUCUCACUUCGCAUUAACAGUGCCAUGAAAGCACUACACAACCCAACUGAACAGCUCGACUACCCUCAAGACUUGAUGGAAGAAGAGGACGAGAAAGGUGCACGCAUGGCGGCGCAGCGCGAGCGGCGCGCACGCAAGCGGCGCCGCGCACACGCACACACCGACUCCGCCGACCCGCUGCCCACGCGGGCGCAGCGACUCGCCGCCAAGAAACUACACAACAAACAGAAAGCGCUGGAGGCGCAGCAGGAGAAGCGCGAGGUGGUGUACGAGCGCGUGCCGUUCGGCGAGGUGUGCUCGGCGCCGCCCGCGCUGCGGCCGCACAAGCGGCGCGCGCAGGCGCAGGGCCCGGCGCGGCGCGGGCUGCUGCUGAGCGCCAUGCUGGGCGACACGGGCGCGCCGGCCGCGGAGGCGCUGCGCCGCGAGCGCGCGCGGCUCGACGCCGUGGCCGCCUACCGCGCACUCCGCGCACACCGCGCACUCCGCGCCGCACCGCACCAGCGCGGGGACACAUCGCACUGACAACCAUUCUUGUACAUAAUAAUAAAAUAUUGACCAUAUUUAUAAUAACAUUUUAUUUUUUUGGUACAAGGCUCGAUCACACAUUCUCACUCAAGUUUGUGACCCGCGCAUGUCUGACUUCGACUAUCGAAGUCUUUUCAUUAUUAACAUUGCCCGCUACGUCCACCUCGUCACAAUAGCAUUGAAAAACAGAAAUAUCCCAAAA